AGAGGGGGGUCCGAGCGUGACUGUCAAAUCUACAUAUACUCUCUCUCUCUCUCUCUCUCUCUCUCUCUCUCUCUCUCAAUUUUUCAGAAUUCAGAGGUGUUGUGUUCUGUUUUCUUCUCCUCUCUUUCUGUUCCGGAGAUUCGAUUCAAUCGCCGAUCUUUUGCAACGUUUUCUCGGAUUCCGUCGUCGUCUUCCUCCUCUUUCAUUCAAUCUCUGUCUUUUCCCAGACUAAUGUUCCAGAUUUCCAAGUAAACGAACGACUCUUGUGGUCAUUCGUCGGACCAAAUUUAACGGGAUUAGGAGGGACUCACUAAGAUCGAGACCCCCGGAAAGCAGAGGACUGCUAAGCCGCCCUCUAAUCACGUCCUCUCCCUUCUCCUACGCACCCUCGCACAUCAGCCGCAGCAGCUGCUCCCUCGUCGUCGUCUUCUCCUUCGCACCUUCGCCCUCACCCUUCUCCUUCCUUGUCGCACCUCCGCGUAGACGUCCAACAUGUAGACGAUCGACGACGGACCUGCGUCGCUGCCGAUGGUCUUCGUUUGCUGCUUUCUGCCGCGUCGUGAAAUCGGAGUCCCAGCAAAGGAAAAGAAAUACAAGGAGGGAGUCAGAGUGUGAUCUGAAGACGAACGAUUCUGCGUUGGAUUUGGGUGCCCUAGCUUUCUGAAUUCUGAAUUCGGUAACGUUUUCUGGUCUUUCACGCCGAUCUGUUGAAUGGAAGUUGGGUAGAGAUGCUUGACGGACUCAGAAUAGCUGAAUAACUCGUCAGAGGACUGGUUCUGAUCUGAUCCUAAUUUUUCCGAGUCCUCAGAAAAUAAAAGAAUUUAAUUUAAUUCAAUCAAUGGAGGGUGACACAUUCUCAGGGCUUGGCAAUGGCAGCACACAAAUUGAUGGAAAGGUUCUGCAGACAUUUCAGAAGAGCUUUGUGCAAGUGCAGAAUAUCUUGGACCAAAACAGGGUGCUGAUAAAUGAGAUUAAUCACAACCAUGAGUCCAAAAUUCCUGACAAUUUAAGCAGAAAUGUGGGUCUGAUCAGAGAGCUCAACAACAACAUCAGGAGAGUAGUUGAUCUUUAUGGUGAUCUCUCAAGCUCAUUCACCAAAUCCAUGGAUACUUCUUCUGAGGGAGGGGAUUCCAGUGGGGCUUUGAAGUCUGAUGGAAAAGCUGGGCACAAGAGAAUUAGGCCUUCUUAGAGAGAGAGUGAGAGAGAUUAUAAUUGGUCUUCCUAAUUCUUUUGCAUGUUGAGAUGGUAGGAAAAAAAGGGAGAAAAAUUGAUUAGAUUCUGUAAACUCUGCUGUAUCUGUUAGGUAAUAAUUUCCCAGAAUUGCUGUUUCACUGUAAGUCUUUGUAACUGUGGAUCUAAUUGAAGAGAAAAAAAAGUUAAGCUUGUUUGUGUAAUUUCGUUUCUUCUUAAUUGGUAAUAAAAGUUUAUUUUUGCCCUUUUA